CACUACUUCAGGACAUUGCGAAUAAGCAUUCUUUAUUCGCUAGCCUCUGUAUUAAUAUUAUAUUGUUCAUGAAUGGACAUUACAGCUAUACAAUUGCAGGUGUUCUUGCAGUUGGUGUUGGUAGCGUCAGGUGCCAUGGUGAAAACUAGACACUUGAUCCCAGGGAGACCUCGUCCUCCUCUCUCAAUGUGAAGAUGCCUGCUGUGGUCCGUGGUAAGGAGGACUCUGAGUCCUCCUCAGAAGACGAGCAAGAAGACCACCCCUGCAUUGCCUGGAGCGGUGUCAGCAAGGCAAUCCCCGUUCUGUUGUUUCUCCCUGAAGCAGCUGUUUCAAAAGAUGAGGAAAUCUGCUCUAUUGGAGAGCGAUAUCAUUUGGCCUUCAAGAUUGUGCGCACAGAGAGCCGCCUGGUACGAGGACUACUCACCAAUCAUGGAUUCCAUGAGGUUCACCCAAACAGCAAUGACUUUAACCUCAUGUGGACCGGGUCUCACCUCAAGCCUUACAUACUACGCAGCCUUCAAGAUUUCCAGAAGGUCAACCACUUUCCCAGGUCAUAUGAAUUGACACGCAAAGACCGCCUGUACAAAAACAUCCAGCGAAUGCAGCAGACUCACGGCUUCAAAAACUUCCACAUCGUUCCUCAGACCUUUGUGCUUCCCUCGGAGUACCAGGAGUUCUGCAAUUGUUUUGCCAAGGACAAGGGCCCCUGGAUUAUUAAACCAGUGGCAUCUUCAAGAGGGCGAGGCAUCUACCUGGUCAGCAACCCAAAUCAGAUUUCAAUGGAUGAGAACAUCUUGGUGUCUCGCUACAUUAAUAACCCACUACUGAUAGAUGAGUUCAAGUUUGAUGUGCGGUUGUACGUGUUGGUGACAUCAUACGACCCUGUUCUCAUCUACGUGUAUGAGGAGGGCCUGGCCAGAUUUGCCACAGUGAAGUAUGACCGGACUUCAAAGAACAUAAAGAACACGUUCAUGCAUCUCACUAACUACAGCGUGAACAAAAAGAGCAGCGACUAUGUCAGCUGCGAUGACCCUGAAGUUGAGGAUUAUGGGAACAAGUGGAGUAUGAGUGCACUGUUGAGGUAUUUGAAGCAGGAGGGGAAGGACACCACAUUGCUGAUGAGACAGGUGGAGGACCUCAUCAUCAAAGCUCUACUGAGUGCUGAGCUACAGAUAGCCACCGCCUGCAAGACGUAUGUUCCCCACAAGACUAACUGCUUUGAACUGUAUGGCUUUGACGUGCUCAUUGACUCCAACCUCAAACCCUGGUUGCUGGAGGUGAAUCUUUCUCCCUCCCUGGCAUGUGAUGCGCCCUUGGAUCUGAAGAUAAAGGCCAGCAUGAUUGCAGACAUGUUUUCACUUGUGGGCUUUGUGUGUCAAGACCCCCUAUCGAGAAAACCACGCGCUGACCGAGUCCCCCUGGACCCCAGCCUCAAGCCCCCAUCAGCAGGGAGAACACAGCGGCAGAGGCCAGCGUCAGCCAGUAACUCAGAAACAGAGGGGUCCAAAGACAAGCUAGGACCCAAACAAGGGCAAGGAGACAGCACUCUGAGCAUGACUGCUGAGGAGGUCAAAGUGUUGAGGCGGAUAAAGGAAGAGUACGAAAGACGUGGAGGCUUCGUGAGGAUCUUCCCCACCGCAGAAACAUGGGAGCUCUAUGGUGGAUAUCUGGAGUCCAAGACAUCCUUGAACUACAUGUUGGCUAACAGACUUUUCCAUGGAAGGAAUGGGAGCGGGAAUGUGCAGCUGGAGGUGGACGCCAUCCACUGCUGUCACGUCGUCCAGUACGAGAGGAAGCUGCUGUCUCUGGAGGCGCGUAAGCAGAGACAGCGCCACCUGACUCAUCGCUCGGCUGAAGGGAAGAAGAAAUCGGGGAAAGAAUCCAAGACCUCCCCAGCGGAGAGCAGCAGUCAGGAGGGAGAGGAGAGAGAGGAGGUGAAACAAGCUCUGGAGCGGGUCUCACACAGGGACUUGGUAGCAGAGCAGAGAAAACAAGUGGCCACACCAUUGGAGCGCUGCCAUGGCAACCCUCUGUCCAGCUCAGAGGCAGCCAUGUUCAGUGCCAGACCCAGAGUCAACCUGCUCAACAUCCUGCAGCAGGGGUGGGACCUCAGUAAAGUGCAGGCCCGGGUGGCUUUUUCCUCCUACCUGCAGCGAGUCCAGCAAAGGCUGCUGGCAGAAAGCAGAGCCAACGCCAUCCCAGCGUGGCCAGACAAGGACAACGACCAAAUGGAGCUGGUGAUUCGCUUCCUGAGACGAGCAGCCAGUAACCUUCAACAAGACAUAAAGGUGGUCUUGCCCAGUCGCCAGCUUCCAAUCCAAGACCGCAGACGCAUCCUGUCCCACCAGCUAGGAGAGUUUAUCCACUGUUACAACAAGGAAACUGAACAUAUUGUGAAAAAACAGGAGAACAGCCAGGAGGAGCAUUGUAUUAACCCUGGUGUGUUUCAGGAGUACAUCACUGCAGCAAGUGAAAACGAUCUGGAGGAGGUUCUGACAUUCUACACACAGAAAAAUAAAUCAGCCAAUGUCUUCCUAGGAACAAAAGUGAGCAGUGUUAAGAAAGACGUUCAUGAAGUAAACGCCUCGAGAGAUUCAGGCCACUGUGAGAAUUCCAAAACUCUGUCUGUGGCCAAAGAGGAUUCCAGCGCUUCAGAGUCCUCGCUCUCCACUGGGAAAUUCAGCAGUGACCCGGACAUCAAGGUCACUGAGAGACAGCCUCCUGUCCGCACUGAAGACCAACCGGCAGCAGCUAGAUCUGGUCAAAUCCAGCCAGAAGUCAAGGCCUUCCAGCACUUUUCUGGCUUUCCUGCGACUCUAGACCGCACACAUAUCCCCCUGCUGCACGACUGCCCUGCGCCCAGGUCCCUGCCUCUUCACUGUCCGCCACCACCACCCCCUCUUCAGCCGCCGUCCUACGCACAGUCCCUGGCUAAGUCUCAGUUCUGUCUUUCUGAGACCCUCUGUGACCCUCCUGCAUACGCCCCCACCCUCAUGGUCACACAGCCACCAAAAGCAACGUGGACGUCCACCGGCUCUAACACGGCCUGCGCUGGAACAUCAACCCAUGUUUUAAGGAGGAUUCAGUCCUUUACCACAUCCUCUCAGACCCCCGGAGCUGCCACUUCCCUCCCGACUGCCACGCACAUUUAUAGUCAGAAGCUCUCUAGACCCACCUCUGCGGGCCAAGUGAUCAAGAGGAGCAGUUCCAGUACACUGAAGUCAAACUCAUCUGGGACGAUAAAGGAGUUAAACUCCCAGGCCCAGUCGAACCAGCAGGCCUUCAUCUCAGCGCUGAAGAAGCUUGCUGACAAGCAGGUAGCUCGCCACUAUACCAGCUCCAGUCACAUCAACCUGCUGACACAGCACUUGACCAACCUAAACCUGGCCAACAGGAUGCUGGGCAAAGAGAGCGCCACGCUGAACCCCAAAGUGCGGCCCACUGCUGCACCACCAGGCCCUCUGAAGGCUGUUCACUCUGCAGCAGAUCGCUGUAGCAGCACUAGCCACAGGCCGCUGAAGGACGAGGAGGAUCUGUGGGACGGGCAGAUGCAAAGUGCCUAUAGCCUGGUGACAGGAGUGAACCCCCAGCAGCGCUACGAGCCCACCCAGGGAAGCUACCAGCUGCAGUUUGCAAUCCAGAAACUGCAACAGCAAAGACUCCAGUCCCGAUCUUUUCUGGACCAGAGCCACUGCAGACACCAGGCUCAAUAUCCAGACCAGACGGGUGCUCCACUCGCCCAGACUCCCCCAGCCUCAUCCAGCUGCCCUCCAUCCAGCUUUCAUGUUCGAACCAGCCACGGUCACAGCCACAGCCAAACCUGUGUGAGUCCUGUUCUCGCCCCCAAGCCGCCCAGCAGUGCCAGAGAGGGACAGAUCAGGAAAACGGCAACAAAGCGCCUCAUCAAGCAGAAGUCCACGGAGAGUUCAGCCAGUGGCAGUGUGUCCAACGGGCAGCAUGUGGUCUACGAAGCCAUCUGUGGUAAAACAGGUCUCUCUGUGUACCACAAGCUGCUCCAGGGCCAGGAGCCCGGCCACAGAUGACAUGAAAGCGACCAGAGGCCCGUCCUGCCCCUCUGCUGGCCUGACAGGUGUCUCUGCAUGUAACUACAUCCUCACAGAGGUGUAUUCUGGGAAAGGACAACAGCAGCAGAUCAAAGCGUGCCAGACAUCGAACAGGGUCCUAUUAAUUUCUCUCUGAUACAGCCACAGACAUUCGAGAGGGGCCAGGAAUGCCCAGCUUUGACGCAGGUUGAGAUUUUAUUUGCUCAGCUCAACAUCAGUUGGCCUUUUCAGCUCCUUACCCUGUGUACCCCCUCCCUCUCCCCUCACCCCCGUUGGCUACGCUCAGUCUAUAUCCCAACAGUUGUCCGCCCUCAUUCUCUCCAUGCUACUGAUGCCACAGAAAGAUUUCACUGACAGAUAGCCUUCAGCAGAUGGUUCCUUAAUGCCCCAGUGGCAUUUUAAUUUCAGGAUCCAACCUUUUAUUCUUUGCUCCUGCAGUAACAUAUGCACCACUACCCAUUCAUGUAGAUGUUAUCUUUAUAUACAAACGGACAAGCGUACAGAGGAGGUUCUUUUGUGAGAAGCUUCUGGCAUUACACACCUUGACUCGUUGCCAAAACAUUUGCUGUGCUCAUUGCCUAAGGAUGUGUUAAAGUAGAGAACGAUUUGCUUGUAGGCGUAAAAAGGAGCAUAAAUGACGGUAGAUUGCUGCCUUGUUCCACGUUUACAAGGACAAUGUAAAACAAAUAUCAAGAAUGCAGUUGACCUGUGAUUUUUCCUGUAAGCUGUUGAGAUGUAGAUGUUUUUCUUGGACGGACCAAAUGUAAUAUUUUAAGUAAAUUAUUGUAGUUGUAUUAGUAUUUAUUCACUGAAUAUUGUCCACCAAAAGGCCUUUUUGGCCGUUUCUGUAGCUUGAAGCAUAACAUAAAGAGGAAUUAUGGUUAUGCACAGCCUUGCCUAUAUGAAGGUUAAUGCUGUACCAGCAGAUCAAUAUCCAUGAAGGUAAUAUGUUGCUUGGGACCAUAUAGUGAGUUAACUCAGGGCGUGUUAAUAGAAUAAAACAUCUCUGUUAUAUAUCAAUAGAUUCAGAAUAUGUUUAUGAUGACUUUGUCAGAAAUACUUGAAUGUCAUGCAUGUCAUAUCCACUGAUGAUCAUCAUCACAGGGAUUUUGCACAGAUGGUACAGUAGUUCUCCAUGCAGACUAGAACUGGUUUUAAUACACUUGAAAGUAUUGUAUUUUGUAGUGAUCGAUGGCAAACUUAAUGUUGUGGUCUACUUUACUACACCAGUGCAUGCUGUGUUACAGAUAUUCAACAGUGGCAUCCAAAUCAAUGUAUAUUCUCCUGUGGUGAUACAAAGUUGUUUACAGUCUGAUCAUUUGAUCUGUUGUGUCGCUGAUGUUUACAACACACAUGCAUGGUAAUGUCAUGUUUUUGGAAUCAUAUUGGUAUCAAACAACAUUGAAAUGAAAACCGAGAAAACAUUAAAACAUGCUGAUAGUGUCAGUAAA